CCAAUUCUGUUAUUCUAUUCUAUUCUAUUCUAUUCUAUUCUAUUCUAUUCUAAAGAUCAGGUGUCUGAGCUCUCACUCCCAAGAACCCUGUCCAUUUCUCAGGUCCAAGGAGUUCAAACUGUUCAUGCCAACUCCAUUCAGCUACCUAAUGUUAGGUAACAUUACACACCAAUAAUUUGGAUUCUCAACAACAUGGCAUUAUGUGAAUACAAAAGUACACACCCCUUUUCUUUCUCCUUUUUCCAUUUUGUUCAUUCAUUCAUGCAGUCUUCUUACCUUCCCAGUUACAAUCUUCCAUAUGCAAUAAUCAUUAUCAAAUGGGCUAUAGAUACUAACCUCUAUCACUCAUCUUGGCUUUGGUCAAUUGAAACUUUCACACAACCUUUUUAGUGAGAUGGGACAUCAGUCUUGAUUGUUCCCAAGCCGCAUGCAGCACUCCGAUAAAAGGAAGAAGAAUAUCAGUUAGUUCUGAGACAUAAAGGCCAACUACAUUUUAAUAAAACUCCAAAUUUAUUUCAAGUAUGCUCACAUUAUUCUAUCUAAUCCCAAGACUAUCUUGCAAGGCAACUUAUUGUUGGUUCAUACCUACUCAACUAGUACGCUAAGGAUUCAAUAUGUUUUCCAACCGUUGUCCAUUUUUAAAAUAUAAUUUUGAAUGAUUAACUUUUCCUAACACUGUUUUGGAAACUGUAUUCCAGGAACCUGAUCUUAAACUAAAGUUACCAGACAUCUGACACAAACAUAUGUGAUAUGUCAUCAUUUUUGUCUUCAUGCCCACCAUCUGGCACCUUUCACUUUAAAAUCGAAUGUUGUCUGCCUUUUAGAAUAUUUUUUAUUCGAAUAUACUUUUAUUUUGGACAAUAGUCAUUCAAAAAUUUGUGUGUUGGGACUUAGUGAAUUGUUUGCUUUUUCUCUCAUCCAUGGACAGACUUUACCCUCUACAUUUACAUUAUCUUCUGAUUCCAGCAAUGGAGUUCAAUCCAGCCUCUUCAAAUCUGUGAUGACUGUAGUGACUCAUAGGUGUGUCUGGUGAAAACGGAAAAGUGCAUUUUCAUAGAUUCUCUAUUAUUGCUAGUAUAAAUAUAUUUUAAAGAAAAUAAAGAUUUGUUGGGAAAAUACUAAAUUGAAAAAGCAGCCUUUCUGAUGCUGGAAAAAGUAAUCACACAUGCACUAGGCCAAAAGGGGUUUUUUGGAGGGAAGCUUUUCACUAAUUUUUGUCACAGACACUACAAAAACUAUACCCGUGGUUCUUUUUCCAGGGAUCAAUGCAUUCCCUGUUUCCUUAUUCUCCUGCAAAUUUAGUACCCAAAUGAUCGUCCUCCUUUAAUGUAUCCAAAGCUUUCUUAAAAGAUUGCCUGCCUACAAGUGUAGUGCUGUCUUUAACAAACUCUCGAUUUUGUCUCUGCCUGGAUCUGAGAUGACCAUCUGCCUAGAAAGGGCAGAGGUUGCAAGGCUGGUUCUGCCCGGAGUUUCCAAUGGAGGAGAGGAGCCGUUCGAGGAGCGGGGGGGGGGGGGAGGGGGGGGCUAAUGAGCAGAAGUGAGACCCUCCUUUUCCGCUUUCUACUGUUAUUACGAAAACGAGGAAAGUCGACGGCCACCUUGCAAGAGUCACCGGCCGAGAACCACUCCCAGCGAGCAGGCCCGUUUCUCCCUCGCAGACGCCCCUAUGGCUGACUUCGCUGCCCUUGUCCCUUUCUCAGGGCUGCCGCCGCCGCUUCUGCUCGCCUACAUUUGCACCGCUGCGGCUCUCCUCUACGGGGUCGUGGCGGCCUGGCGUUGGCAGUGGAGCCGUCGAAGCCGCAGCCCGCGGCUGAAACUGGUGGGGACGGUGGCUGCUCUCUUCAUCUACCCGGUCAAAUCCUGCCGAGGGGUGUCUGUGAAGCGAGCCGAGAUGACCUCGCUGGGCCUCGGGAGCGAGAAGCUGCGGGACCGAUUUUGGACUGUGAUAAAAGAAGAUGGACAAAUGUUAUCUGCUAAGAACAUUCCUCGCAUGGUUCUAAUUAGUGUAUCCUGUGAAGAGGACUAUUUAAUCCUGAAUGCCCCAGGAAUGAAGACACUGCGAAUUCCUGUUGAUCUCCCACAGACAAAUUCAAUCUGGAAUUGCACACGAUAUGGACUCCAGACUCAAGGCAGGGAUUGUGGAGAUGAAGCAGCUGAAUGGAUCACUACUUUCCUGAACAUAGAGCCUUAUCGGUUGAUCCAUUAUGAAACAAAUAUGGUGACAAGAAAGCCAGGAGAUUUCUUGUCUGCUUUUCUACCAAAAGAUGAGGUUGCCUAUGCUGAAGCCAGUCCACUCUUGCUGAUUUCUGAAGCUUCCUUGGAUGAUCUAAAUACAAGGUUAGAAAAGAAAGCUUCAAUAACUAUCUUCCGGCCGAAUAUUGUUAUUAAAGGCUGUAGUCCUUAUGAAGAAGAUUAUUGGAUUGAUAUAUUAAUUGGAACUGUUAAGUUGAAAGGAAAAAUGUCAUGUCCAAGGUGCAUUUUCACAGCAGUGGAUCCAGAAACUGGGAUCAUAGGUGAAAAGGAAGUUCUAAAAACCCUGAAAAGUUAUCGCAAGUGUGAUCCUUCUGAAGAACAUGACUAUAAGUCUAAUCCUCCUUUUGGAUGGCUAUAUGGAGUUGAGGAAACAGGAACACUUGAAGUUGGGGAUCCUGUGUACAAGAUAAUCUCAUGAUGGGAGGCACUUGUGCAGUGGGGUGUAAUUUCUCUGUAUAUGGAUUCUGUACUCAUUUUUUAAGAUUAUUUUUUUUCUUCCUUCUUAUUUGGAUACUUAUACAUAGGCUGUUUGCAUAUGGUCACUAAGGGUCAUCCCUAGUUUGUUGGCAAAUCAUUACUGUCAUCAUGACUGAGAAUUUACAUCAACACAUCAUCAUUGCAAUUGAAAGAAAUUUGAAUGAACGGCAAACUGAAUGAAUAACAAAUAAGAGUUAGAGCCUUUUUCAGUCAGUAUUCUUAAUGCAAUACAGGUGUUUUGCUGUCUGAACACUACUGAGUUGGUGAUAGUGAAAGUAAAAUUUUCCAUAUUAGAAAACUCUCCUUUUUUUAGAAACAUGAUUGAAAUGGAUAUAUGAUUGAAAUAUUUUGGGAUAGUCUUUGGUUUACUUAUUUCCCAAAAAGGCUAUAAAUAUAAGGAUAUGAUGAAAAUAUGAGGUAUUUUAUUGUAUAGCCAAGACAAGUGAAAAUCCUUUUCAGAAUGCUUGGAUCACUUAUUUCUAAAUGACUAAUGACUGACCAUUUGUAAAAACAAGUGUACAGAUGUUGAGCUGCCUAGAAUUAACAGUGUAAAUUUGUAAAGAAAACUCUUUACUGGAGGAAUUUCCAUAAAUCUGAAAUGAUUUAUGUCUGCUUUUUUUUAAAUCUCAAAAACCUGGCAUUUUAACAGGUGCAGACUUUAUAUACCCGCUGUGCGUCUAUGUUGCCAUGAUUAAAUUUGUAGCUCUCCCUGUAAGCUGCCUUGAGUCACCAUGUGUGAAUAGGCGGAAAUAUAAAUUUUCUAAUAAAUAAAUAUGGGAAUUUUACAAACAGUGCUAUUAGAUCCAGCUUUAUUGGAUUUCAUUUUUUUAAAUGUGUAUUUUGUCCCAGAAAAAUUAAACAAACUAAAGCUUAACAUUGAAAAAUCAUAAAUUAACUGGUUAAUUUCUAUAAAUUAGUUACUAAUUGAUUUAAAAAAUAUGGCCAUGGAGAUAUUUCACAUUUACAAAAUCCUUAAGCAAUGCUUCAUAUAUAAUGAUGCAAAGAUAUUUUGUAUUUCAGAAAUGAAGACUAUCUUUAUGGAUCAAUCAAUCAAUAAAUUCUAAGCAUUUUUA